GCUGCACCAGCGACGGCGACCUACAUUUUACGAUACGAUUUGAUUUCUAACAAAGACGACAUUCCUGUCGAUAGGUCUUAUUUCCAGAUUGUCGCUUGAGCCUGCUGAAAUUCACCUUUUUGUCGCGAUUUAUCUUUUUUCGUCUGUUUUUGUCGCGUCCUCUUAUUUCCUGGCUUCAGAGGCGACAAAUUACGUGCCAAAAACGAACAAAGGAUAAGGCGUGACAAGAGAGUUGAUAUUUUCAAGAUGAAGUACAUUUUGGUCUCUGGUGGUGUGAUUUCCGGCAUUGGAAAAGGGAUUACAGCCUCGUCGACCGGGUUGUUGUUGAAAACUCUGGGUCUUAAAGUCACGGCUAUCAAAAUCGAUCCUUAUAUCAAUGUCGACGCAGGCACUAUGGCUCCGACCGAGUUGGUCUCCGAAAUCACCGCGCCCUUUCCUACUCGUUUCUAACAGUCUUUAGGCACGGAGAAUGUUUUGUGCUGGAUGAUGGCGGAGAAGUCGAUCUUGACCUUGGAAAUUACGAACGAUACCUCAACAUCACCUUGACACGAGAAAAUAGCGUCACAACGGGCAAAAUGUACCAGCAUGUCAUUGAGCGGGAACGAAAGGGUGAUUAUCUGGGCAAGACUGUCCAAGUGGUCCCUCACGUUACCAAUGCCAUUCAAGAUUGGAUCGAGCGGGUGGCGAGAAUCCCUGUGGAUGAUACCAAGGAAGAGCCGGAUGUUUGUAUCAUCGAACUUGGUGGUACUGUCGGUGACAUUGAGAGUGCGCCCUUCAUCGAGGCCAUGAGACAAUUGAGAAGAAGAGCCGGUCGAGACAAUUUCUGCCAGAUCCACGUUUCCCUGGUGCCGGUCAUCAGCGGAGAACAAAAGACAAAACCAACCCAGCAAGCCAUCCGAGAUGCACGAUCCGCUGGGUUGUCCCCAGACCUGAUUGCUUGUCGAUGCGUCGAACCGCUCAUCGAGUCCACCACCAACAAGAUCGCCCUCUUCUGUCAAGUCGAACCCGAACAAGUCAUUGCUGUCCAUGACGUGACUUCGACGUACCACGUGCCCAUGUUGCUUGAGCAGCAGGGUCUCCUUAUCCAGCUGCGUGGACUCCUUGGUCUUGAAUCAUACCAGAUCUCACCAGCCCUCGUCAAGAAAGGUCUGUCCAUCUGGCAUGAUUGGAAAGCCCUCACCACCUCACAAUCCCGCUUCCUCGAGUCUGAGAAAGUGACGGUCGCCUUGGUGGGCAAAUACACCAACCUCCACGAUUCUUACCUGUCAGUCAUCAAAUCCCUCGAACACAGCGCCAUGGCUUGUCACCGGAAACUGAAUCUCGUCUGGGUCGACGCCUCUGACCUGGAGAAGGGGACCUUGGAUUCAUCCCCGGAGGCAUAUCACAAAGCAUGGCACGAGAUGUGCACAGCAGACGGGGUUCUCGUACCCGGAGGAUUUGGGCUCCGAGGCACCGAAGGAAUGAUGGCAGCUGCAAACUGGGCACGCACUAAGCAGAAGCCAUACCUGGGAAUCUGUUUGGGGAUGCAGAUUGCAGUGAUUGAAUACGCCCGAAAUGUCUGCGGCUUGAAAGAAGCAUCUUCAGUGGAACUUAAUGGCGAGACACCAGACCCGGUGGUGAUCUUCAUGCCAGAGAUCGACAAAGCCACCAUGGGAGGCAAUAUGCGUCUGGGACUUCGGCCGACCAUCUUCCAGGAAGACACCGAAUGGUCGCGGCUGAGACACCUGUACAACGAUGAGGCGAGUGUCCAUGAACGACAUCGUCACCGAUACGAAGUCAACCCAGACUACAUCUCACAGUUGUCAGAUGCUGGGCUCACCUUUAUCGGCAAAGACGACAAAGGAGAACGGAUGGAGAUUAUCGAACUCAAGGACCAUCCUUUCUUCGUGGGUGUUCAGUUUCACCCUGAGUAUCUCAGCCGAGUUCUCAAACCUAGCCCGCCUUAUUUGGGCUUUGUAGCCGCGAGCGCCGGCCUUCUGCAAGAGGUGACGGCCGCCACGAAAGCAAAGGGCAAGGUUGCUGCAGGUUUGGCCAACGGUGACAGUGGCGUGCAUAUCAAUGGCCAUCUGGCCAACGGCCUCAGACAGGUCUCGGUCUCUGACUCUGGAUUUUGAAUGACCGACCGUGAGCAUUGACCACUCGGUGGGACUGAGGGAGAUAGAUGGCAACGGUUGAUAUUAAAUCCGUUACCUGGAUGAUGGAGCUUUUGAUUUGUGCGCACACAAUGACUGGACAAUACAGAAAUUUCUGAAUCGGAGCAUGGUCGGGUUAUUGAUGGAUAUUCAAUCAAGGUUCUCAAGUGGCCGAAAUGAGUGUUUUACGAUGGUAUUGGGCACACAGCUGUCACAGUCGCAUGAUAUUAGACCUGGUGACUUAGGACCUUUUGCAUGAAACACAGCGCCAUGCACGCAAUGAAUAUAAAGUGUAUAUAUUUGUAGCGUUGCGGCGCCGUACAACGGCGUCGAUAGUCCAAAGGCGUAUCCACGCCCUCGAUAUGGGGGAACCUAUAUGUUAUAUACCUUUG